AAAAAAAACUAAACAAUGAAUUUUUAAAUAGGGUAGAAGUUUUAGAUAAGGAAUCUUUACCAGUGGAUAUAUUCGAAAACCGAAUUCGAUUGUGUAAUGAUGAAAAAAAACAAAAAUACUUAACUAAAGAAUAUGAUCCUUUUUUGAAUGGACCCUGUCGUGGACAAAUCCAAAAAUGGUUUUCACCCCCAAUUCAAAAAGAAACUUACAAAAAAAAUUCUCUUUUUAUAAAUAAGAUUCAUGGUAUCCUUUUUUCUAAUACUAAUAAUUAUCCAAAAUUUGAACAGAAAAAAAAUAUAUUUGAUAGAAAAUCAUUAUUAACUGACAUUAAUUUUUUUUUUAACUUAAUCACUAAAUUUUCAAGGAAAUCUGUAUCAAGUUUGAAUUUUGAAGGACUUUAUUUAUUUCCCAAAGAUAAUAAAGGAAAAAUGUCUUCAAAAAAAAAAAUCUUAUUUGACACAAUUCGACCUGAUCUGAACGAUAAUAAAAUUGUAAAUCUCCAAAAAUGUAUUGGAAUAAACGAAAUCGUGAAAAAACUUCCCCGAUGGUCAUACAACCUAAUCGACGAGUUGGAACAACUGGAGGAAAAAAAAAGUAGAAUAUCAUCAAAUUCGUUCCAGAAAAGCUAAACGUGUAGUACUUUUGACCAAAAACUCACAAAAUGACGAUAAUUAUGAUGAGACUACAGACACCGAUAAUACUGAAAAAAAAAAGAAUUGGCUUUAAUACGUUAUUCACAGCAACCAGAUUUUCGGCGAGACAUAAUAAAAGGAUCUAUACGCGUAAAACAGUUACUUGUAAACUCUUUCAAAGAAGUGUGGAUUCCCCUCUUUUUUUGGAAAAAAUGGAAAAAACCUCCUUCUUUUGUUUUGAUAUUUUAGAUUCAAGUAAAAUAUUUUUUAUGUUCAAAAAUUGGAUAAGAAAAAAGAAAGAAUUAAAAAACUCGGAUUAUACGGACGAAAAAGCAAAAGAAAGUCAGAAAAAAGAAGAGGAAAAAAUAAAAAAAAACGGAAAAGAGGAAAAAAGACGUAUAGAAAUAGGAGAAGCUUGGGAUAGCAUUAUAUUUGCUCAAGUAAUUAGAGGUUGUUUAUUAAUAACCCAAUCGAUUCUUAGAAAAUAUAUUCUAUUACCUUCAUUGAUAAUAACAAAAAAUAUCGUUCGUAUACUAUUAUUUCAAUUUCCCGAAUGGUCAGAAGAUUUUAGGGAUUGGCAGAGAGAAAUGUAUAUUAAAUGCACCUAUAAUGGGGUUCAAUUAUCCGAAACAGAAUUUCCAAAAAAAUGGCUAACAGACGGUAUUCAGAUAAAGAUCUUAUUUCCCUUUCGUCUGAAACCUUGGCACAGAUCUAAAUUACGAUUUACUGAAAAGAAAAAAGAUCCCCUGAAAAAUAAAAAAGUAAAAAAAAAAAGAACUUUUGCUUUUUAACAAUUUUUGGAAUGGAAGUUGAAUUGCCCUUUUCUGGUUAUCCCCGAAAUCGAUUUUCAUUUUUUGAUCCCAUUUAAAAAGAACUCAAAAAAAAAAUGAAAAAAUUGAAAAAUAGUUUUUUUCUAAUUCUAAAAAUUGUCAAUGAAAGAACAAAAAACUUUAUAACCACCUUAAAAGAAACAUCAAAACGGAUCAUCCAAAGUAUUCUUAAAAAAGUUCUAUUCCUAAACAAAAAAAUAAAAAAACUCUACAAUUAUUUAUUUCUAUUUAGGUUCAAAAAAAUAGAUGAAUUGAAUCAAAACAAAAAAAAUUUCCCAAUCACUAAGAAUAAUCCAAUAAUUUAUGAAUCAACCAUUCUAAUUCAAGCUAUUAAUAAGACAAAUUGUUCAUUGACAGAAAAAAAAAUAAAGGCCAUAAAUGCUAAGACAAAGAAAAUCAUAAAGAAAAUAGAAAGGAUGACAAAAGAAAAUAAGGGUGGGUUUCUAAUUUCAGAGAUAAAUAGUAAUUCUAAGAAAACAAGUUCUAAUACUAAAGGAUUAGAAUUAGAAAAAAAGAUUUUGCAAAUAUUACAAAGAAGAAAUGUUCAAUUAACCCAUAAAUUGUAUUCCUUUUUUAAAUUUUUACUGAAUUUUAUGAAAAAGGUAUACACUGAUAUAUUUCUUUGUAUCGUUAGUGUUCCUAGGAUCAAUGUACAAUUUUUUCUUGAAUCAACAAAAAAAAUUAUAAAUCAAUCCAUUUACAAUAAAAAAACAGAUGAGGAAAUAAUUGAUAAAAUAAAUCAAAGUAUAAUUCAUUUUAUUUCGAUUAUAAACAAAUCUUCUAAUACUAAAAAUACAAAUUCAGCGGCGAAUUCUUAUGAGGUAUCCGCUUUGUCCCAGGCAUAUGUAUUUUUAAAAAUAUCCCAAAUCCAAGUUCUUAACGUAUAUAAGUAUAAAUUCAAAUAUGUUUUUGACUAUGACGGGAGAUCGUUUUUUAUUAAGGAUGAAAUAAAAGAUUAUUUUUUUGGAAUACAAGGAAUAAUUCAUUCCAAAUUAAGACAUAAGAACUCUCCCGUUUCUUUAAAGAAUCAAUGGACAAAUUGGUUAAAGGUUCAUUAUCAAUAUGAUUUAUCUCAUAGUAGAUGGUCUCGAUUAGUACAAAAAAACCUGAAAAAUAGAAUAAAUAAACACCGUUUGGAUCAAAAUAAAGAUUUAACCAAAUGUGAUUCAUAUAAAAAAACCCAAUUAAUUGUUUCCAAAAACAAAAAACAACAAGUAGACUUUUUAGUAAACUUAUUAAUACAAAAAAAAAUAAAAAAACAAUCUAGAUAUGAUCUUUUGUUAUAUAAAUUUAUUAAUUAUGCAGAGAAGAAAGAAUUAUCUAUUUAUGGAUAUAGAUCGCCAUUCCAAGCAAACAAAAAGCGAGCAAUUUCUUAUGAUUACAACACGCAAAAAAAGGAAUUCUUUGAUAGAAUGGACGAUAUCUCUAUCAAAAAUUAUAUAGCAGAAGAUGCUAUUCGUUAUAUCGAACAAAAUCGGGAUAGAAAGUAUUUUGAUUGGGUGGUAAUGGAUGUAAAAAUACAAAAUAAUUCUAUAUCGAAUCUUCAAUUUUCGUUUUUUUUUUAAUUCCUGAGAUUUUAUGAUGCAUAUAGGAAUAAACCGUGGAUGGUACUGUUCUGGGAAUGA